GCACUGCGGAUCUGGCGGGUGUGCGGCGCGAGCACUUGGCGGGCGAUGGCGCCGAGCGCGAACGCGAGCGGGAGCGCGAGCGCCCCGGGGUAGCGAGGGCUCGGCUGCGCGGCCCUGACCGCGCCGCUCUCCGUCCCUGGCGUUGGCUCCGCCGGGCCCGGGCAGCUAUGGAACUCCUUCGGCUGAUGGCGCUGGCAGCGUUGGCGUCGCAACCCGGGGUGGCUGGUGGAGCCGAGAUCGUCGGGAACUCCAGCGUGGGUAUUACUGAGUUUUCUGUGGGGAAAUUUAGGUACUUGAAGCUCAGCAAGCCCUUUCCAGAGGAAGCUAUUUUGCAUAAUAUUUCCAGCAAUGUGACUUUUCUUAUUUUCCAAAUACAUUCACAGUAUCAGAAUACGACGAUUUCUUUUUCUAAGACUCUCCUUCCCAGUACCUCGGCAACAGGCACUGGCAAAGGACUGGUUUUCAGUCUUAGGCCAGAGCAGAGCAUGUGCUUUUGGUAUAUGGAAACUUCAGAUGCAGAACCUGUCCAAAGUGUGGCCAUUCCACUCUCCUACUCAGAAGGAGAUCCUGUCCCUGGGGGCUGUAAUUUGGAGUUUGAUUUAGAUAUUGAUCCCAACAUUUACUUGGAGUAUGAUUUCUUUGAAACAACUAUCAGAUUUGCCCCAGCAAACCUAGGCCAUGCAAGAGGCACAGAAUCUCCGCCAUGUGACAUCAGGACGGGACAGGACACUAGGUGGAGGUUGUGGUAUGACGUCUAUCAGUAUUUUCUGCCCGAGAAUGACCUCACUGAAGAGGGGUUGCUGAAGCAUCUGCAGAGGAUGGCCGAAGUGUCUCAGGUGACGGCCAAUGCUAUUAAGGUGGUUACCCUAACAGCUAAUGAUAAGACAAGUGUUUCCUUCUCUUCCCUCCGGGGACAAGGUGCCAUUUAUAAUGUCAUUGUUUGGGACCCAUUUCUCAAUACGUCCGCUGCUUAUGUUCCAGCUCACACAUAUGCUUGCAGCUUUGAGGCAAAAGAGGGUAAUUGCUCUUCCCUUGGAAGAGUAUCUACCAAAGUAUUUUUCACUCUUUUUGCCCUGCUUGGUUUCUUCAUUUGUUUCUUUGGACACAGAUUCUGGAAAACAGAAUUAUUCUUCAUAGGCUUUAUCUUCAUGGGAUUCUUCUUUUAUAUACUGAUUACGAGACUGACACCUAUGAAGUAUGAUGUUCGUCUGAUUCUGACGGCCGUCGCUGGAAGCGUUGGUGGGAUUUCCUUGGUAGCCGCCUGGUGGCGAUUUGGAAUCCUCAUGCCCUGCAUGCUGUGUGUUGGACUGGUGCUGGGCUUCCUCAUCUCGUCAGCGAUUUUCUUCACUCCUCUGGGAAACCUAACAAUAUUUAAUAAUGAUGAGGUAUUCUGGGUGACCUUCUCCGGUAUAGCAGUUCUCAUUCCAGUAAUUUUGAUGGCUGGCCUGAGAAUACUGAACAUACUGGCUUGUGGAUUCGUUGGCUCCUAUUCGGUGGUCUUGGCCGUUGACAGUUACAUGUAUACGAGCCUUUCUUACAUCACUUUGAAUGUACUCAAGAGAGCACUCAGCACUCAUUUCCGCAGCGCUUUCACAAAUGUGCCUUUUCAAACUAAUGACUUUAUCAUCCUGGCAGUAUGGGGUAUGCUGGCUGUGAGUGGAAUUACAUUGCAGAUUCGAAGAGAAAGAGGACGACCGCGCUUCCCUCCCCAUCCAUACAAGCUAUGGAAGCGAGAGAGGGAGCGCAGAGUAACCAACAUCCUGGACCCCAUCUACCACAUCCCUCCACUGAGAGACAGGCUCUAUGGCCGAUUAACCCAGAUCAGAGAGUUCUUCCAGAAGGAACAGCCAGCUGGAGAGAGAACACCCCUGCUUCUAUAAAUGCCAAAGGGCUUGGUCAGUGGGAUCUUCCAGGCACUGCCUCGGCCUUGGCGUUGAUGUCCAGCCGGCUUCAGCAACCUCCAGUGCAAGUCUAAUAAGAAAAUGGGCUUAUGUGCUGUGUGUGGUGCCCUUCCUGAUGUGUGGUAAGGCUAUGCCAAGGAGAUUAUGAUAAUUCUAAGUAAGUGAAGAAGAUGACCAAAAAACUGAUGGUAGGGAGGCUUUUCCUUAUUCCAGAAUACUUAAGAAAUUACCUUUUGGUUUACAUGUUCAACUUAAAACUCCUUGAACAAUUCUGUCACCUGAGUCUGUCUAAACCUGCAGGGCAAGGGCACAGAGGGUGGUUUGAUUUAAGUGUUAGACUGAAUUUUUUGCCACUUUUAAGAGGUUUAGGGAUUUAAUACUGGGUCUUUGAACUUCAGAGUACAAAAGAAGGAGAACUAACUUAAAAGCAGUCAGACUACUUAGUUGAAUCUUUCAUAGUUUCAUAUAUUAUCAAAAGGUACUGUUCUUUUGCUUAUUUUUGUGAUAAAAAACAUUUAUCGUAUCAUUUUAGGUGUAUAGUUCAGUACCUUUUGUUUUUGACUUUUAUUGCUUAAGAUGGUAAUUUAAAUAGCUAAAUUAUUUCAGUUAUUUGAAAAUAGGUCGAAUUUAUAUAAGUAACAGAACUUUUAUAUGUAUGAUUUAUUUAUAUUCCAUAUGAUGGCAUAUAAAUGCCAUUUGUUUCUUUCAGAGCCCUUUAACGUACUGUUGACAGCUGAUCUGAUUUUAAUAUUAGAUGAAAUACAAAUUGUUUUGCUUUUUAGGAUACAGAUUGCUCAUACCUUAAUCUAUAGUCCCAUUAAUAAGGAAAUCUUUUAAAAAUUUGCAUUUUGUAAUUCUUUCUACUAAAUUAGUUAUUAGCAUUGAUGUGAAAUACAACUUCAAAAAAAAUCUCUUUUGUAUGAAGCCUUUGCACCAUCUGUGUUUUAAAGUGACGAAGGAGUCAAAAAAAAGUCAGGUGUUUAAUGGAGCUGCUUUUUGAAUCAGGACAUUGGCAUUUUAAGGCGAGUCCCUUCGGUUUUGACCCUUUUCCCCCCCCAUAAGAAAGUACCUGGAUGCCCUGGGCUGUGUGCCUGCUCCUCAUGGCCUUUUCUCUUAUCCGCCAGAGCCUCCGCCACCGGUGGCCCUGCGCUGGACUGGAAGCUGGCGACUCUGACAUGCCUGAGUGACAGGGCGUUGUGGUCAUGGGCACCCUUGUAAGUUAACCACUAUUUGAAAUGAUGCUGCUUUUAGGGGGGUUUUCAAAGCACAAUAGAUUUCUGAAGUUUCAGGUAACUGAAAAAUUUUCAACGUUUGCUUUUAAAAGUGUUUUGGAAAGGCUGAAACAAAAGGAAAAAUAUAAAACUAAUCAUUUUUCUUUGAAAAAUUAUACACAAGUGUUCGUUUACUGUUUAUUCCUAAUCGACAGUUUAUAUAAUUGCAGUAACACUUAAACUUGAAGAAAGAAUUUUUUUUAAUAACUCACUGUAAGGAUUGUGGCUUCUGCCAUAUCUUUGUACAUUCUAACAAAGUUAUAUGGAAUAUUUGUGAGUUAUUUUCUAAACCACCAAAAUGCACUGCCAGUGAAGACUGUAAAGAUAGAACACACUGUUAUGGAGGGGGAUACAAAUUGUUAAGGAAGUUUUAUGGUAAUUUGUGAAUUAUAAACAAAUUUGUAUAAUUUUUUAAUAAUAAAAUCUUAUUUUGAAAAAUGCUAAAAA